AUGCUGGAGAAGCACUGUUCAUCUCUACAGUUCACAGUCACAGUGAAGGAAGGUGCAUCUGUUUUGAGGGAUACCUCUGAGAUCAGCUACCAUGGACACAUCGUGCCUGAAAAAGGCAAGAACUGCUGGAUAUCGUUUCCUGGAAAGUUUGCAGCCGGUUGGGAUGCUUUGAUCAAGGAGUUUCAUGGCGACAGCGUGGCCUGUGUCUUUCUUUGCACGCCGGAAGACGGUUUGGGGAAGCAUCAUGCAGAUCCAGAGGACCCCGAUGGACGCUGCCUUUGCCAUAAGAUCUACGGAGAGAGAGACUACAAGAGGUUCGGCUAUCUUCAGAGGAUGGCUCCUCCUUACACCGAGGAGAGGAUAAGGAAAGCAAAAAUGAAAGCUAAAGCCAUGAAUGCCGUCCACGUUCGUGAAGAUGCUUCUCGAGUGGAGAUGUCGAAAGCAAAUGAGGAGGCCGAGAAGAGAUGGAGGAAAAGCGGCCGGGUGGCCUCGUGGGGCUGCGAGUGGUACCACGUUUGGCUCGGAAAGGUCAAGGAAGCAGUCGCUCUCGAGCAAAGGUUGAAAGUCGUAUAUUUUCCCGACCAAGUUGGGAAAGGCAAGCUGACGAUGGACGAGCUGCGGGAUCCGGACAAAGAUCCCUGGGAUGGGGUGGGAUGUGGCGGCUCCCAGAAGUGUGAGAUUGCGACUGUGGAGAGGAUGAAGCACGUCGAGGGUGCCGCGUGGGAAUAUGACGAGGUGGAUGUUUCCGAUUUUCUUCUGGACACUUUUCAAGUUGAACAGAUGGUCGAUGCUUGGGACGGCAACGAAUGGAAGAGAGGAACCAUCAUUAAAAUCCCUUGUAAAGACUCUGGCUUGAAAUGGACCGUGAGAUGUGACCACUCAGCUGAAAAGAUCGAAGCUGAUCACGUGCGGCAUGUCGAUAUCACAAUGAAGAGGCUUGCUGAGGAAACGGAUUUUGACUUGCUUCAUGCAUUGCGCAGUCUCCUUCCUGAGGGUCAGAAGGUGGUCGGGAAUCCCGAGAUUCAGAGGCUCAGAAACGGCACCUCGGCCACGACAGUUCGGCUACACAGCAUGAGCGUCGACGCACUGCAAAGGCUCUGCGGUGAAGUUCUCUCGGGAGAUCUUGAGCUUCAGUUGAACAAAGAAUGGUCUAAGAACAGCAGCUACAAACGAUGGCAGCUGAAGGCUGAAAAGACCGAGUUUGUGAGAAGUUACAAACAUGCCCUCAUGAGUCGGAAAGUAACAACUGAAGGCAAUCUGCUCCUCCUCUCGGAUGAUGAAGAUAUCAGCUAUGAAUUCCUCGUGGCCAUUGUCGAUGAGAGCCAUGACAUUUACCGUCCGGAUGUUGACCGUGGCCUACUCAAGACGAAGCUCCCGUCCAGACAGCUCAUUCUGCUUUCUGACGCAUCGCAGUCCUCUGCUUUGGAGCAGACUUUUCCUGACUUGCACCGUGUUUUCCUCACGGAAGUAGUCAGAAGCACAAAGCGGAUAGUCCUGGGUGCCGCAGCUUUCCAGAUCAGCGCCUCCAGCGAGCACAACAGCUCCCUAGGCUCAGAUGGCCCUCCGCUGAAGACAUACAUAUUUGAAUCAGAUGGAGAGAGGUCAACGUUGCAGAGUUACUGCAAGCAUACAAUUACAGCCUUGUGGGAUUUACUCUGCGCCUAUCCAGGCCUGAGCUUGCAUGAUUCCUUGGCAAUCAUCGUUCCCGAUGAGCCUUUUCGCGAACAGUUCAGACCGCUUUUGCGCAAGACAUUAGAAGAGGAAAUCCCUAGCAAAAAGCUACGCUUGGUGAACUUUGCGGAGUCCCUGAUGCACAUGCUGCCAAAGGUCGCGGAAGAGUACAUUGUUCUGGACUCAAUCGAGCACGCUAAAGGGCUCGAGCAACUUUUUGUGAUGGCCAUUGGGAUGGAUGCCAAGAUCGAUUCGCCAGGCAGUGAUGCGGGUGCGAAUUUGGAAACGAGAUGCCGCCUGUAUCAGAGCAUCACGCGAGCGCAGCUUGGGGCGAUUGUUGUGAACCAGUUCCUGCAAGGCGGCUGGCUUGAGCAUUUGACUCUGUGCAAGCUGGUGGAGCGUGAAUUCGAUCAAUUUGAGGGACGUCUCGAAUCUUCCGCUGCUGCCGCGAGCGAGGUGACCAAGGAGCUGCAGGCAGAAAAACCUGCACAAGGCACUGAGGAGAACAGGCACGAAGCCUUGCGAAGCAGCGCCGGUGGAACUCCAGAGAAGAAGAGCACAUCAUCGACUGAAGACAGGCCUUCUACAAAACCAUCUUCGUCUCCAGCGUCCGCAAAGGUCACAAAAGAGAAGGCGAUGACGCUUCGUACAAGUUGUGUUUGGGAUACAACGUGCAACAGCAUGAAGGCACGGAUCUACGAGCUAAGAUUCGAUCCUUCAAGGCGAUCCCCGGCCGAAGCUUUUGAGAUCCUGAAAUCAAAGCUCACCUCAGAGCCACUCCCAGCCAACUGCCCGUACCCCGAAGACGAGUGCCUCCUUUGGCGACAAAAGCAAGAUUUCAGUUGGCAGGAGAGGUACCGCAACGGCAGCAAACAGGAAACGAUACUUUCGUUGUUUCUGCGAGAUGGCACCAUUUUAAGCAAAACGUUGGUGCAUGAAAGAUCUGAGCACGAAGGUGACCCAAGCGACCACGAAGAGAGAGAUCACUUUGACCACUCCAAGUCACAUCAGGUCUCAAUAAAUGAAGGACAGUGGGAGAUGGUGGGUUUCAUUCUGAGGGAGACUCCUUUUGCUCAAGCAUUUGCGUACUGGUCCAGAACAGUGCGCUGCUGCUGGUGUGCACCACCACCUGAGAACGAGUGGGACUUUCAUGAGUCCGAUUGGGGUGUUAUAUAUGGUGACGGUUCUGCUACUCGUGAAAGCAGUUUGAAGCAGCUUCUCGAAUCACAAUCUUCACGCUCCAUCGACUCACACUUCCUUUUAAGUCUAUCAGAGCCAAGACUGGAGGCUUGGGGCAUGAACCCACUGCACUUGUGGUUUUGGCGAAGCUGA